GGUUUUGUCAACUAUGUUAAAGCACAAGAUGCUGAACAGGCCGUAAAUGUAUUGAAUGGACUACGAUUACAAAAUAAAACAAUUAAAGUAUCAUUUGCACGACCAAGUUCGGAUGCGAUUAAAGGCGCUAAUUUAUACAUUUCGGGUUUGCCAAAAACAAUGACACAACAAGACUUGGAAACAAUUUUUGCACCAUUCGGUACGAUAAUUACAUCACGUAUUUUACAAAAUGCUGGCAACGAUACACAAACAAAAGGUGUUGGUUUCAUUCGAUAUGAUACACGUGAUGAAGCAAAACGUGCCAUACAAGCCAUCAAUGGAACCACACCGCCUGGAUGCACCGAACCAAUUUCCGUAAAAUUCUCCAACACACCCGGUUCAAAUGCAAAUAAAGUGCUUCAGGCACCAGUACCAUCAUUUUUGGCACCACACCUAGCGCGACGCAUCGGCGGCGCGAUGCACAAUCCAGUGAACAAAGGUUUGGCACGUUUUUCACCAAUGGCUGGUGAAAUGCUAACCGAUGUCAUGAUUCCCGGCGCAAAUGGAAUAACCAGUUUAGCACCAGGUGGCGGUUGGAGCAUUUUUAUUUAUAAUUUGGCACCAGAAACCGAAGAAAGUACAUUAUGGCAGUUGUUCGGUCCAUUUGGUGCUGUUCAAAGUGUUAAAAUAAUCAAAGAUUCGGCAACAAAUCAGUGCAAAGGCUAUGGUUUUGUCACAAUGACCAACUAUGAAGACGCAAUGAUGGCGAUACGUGCACUCAAUGGAUACGCUUUGGGCAAUCGUGUACUUCAAGUCAGUUUCAAAACAAAUAAACAAAAGUAAAAUCGAUCUUUUUUUCAAGAAUGUUUUCUAAAUAAAAAAAAAUCGAUUGAUUUGUAUUUGUUACAUUUGCAAACUACCAUUUAAACUAAAAAAAAAAGAAAAUCCUAUUUCGUAUUGAUACGAAACAAACGCUAGAAAUGAAAUAGAAUCGAUUCUCACAUUUUUCAUUGCUAUUUGUGUACCGUGCUAGAUAAAAAAAAAGAUUUUACUAAGAAAAAAAAACGUUAAAAUAGAACCAAAUGAAAAAGAAAAUCCACAAUUCAUUUCCACAUAAAAAAAAUGGAAGAGAAUGAAUCCAACAUAAAAAAAAAAAAAUUUAACAGAUUGUAGAAUUGAAGCAGCAAAACAGGGCUUUUUAUUAAAUUUAACGAAUAAUUUAAUAAAGCAACAUUGACAAUUUAACUUUGGGAUAUAAUUCCCAUCAAACGAAUACAUUUGUUUCCAUCGAUAAAUAUAUAUAUAUAUAUAUAUUUAACAAAAAUGUAUGUCGAAAGGGUACGAAUGUUGAACCUGAUAAUCAGUAGAUGAAAGAAAGCACAGGCAAGAAAUAAGAACACCCAUUAAAACACAUAUUACUACACACAAACACACAUACACCAAAAGGAUAAUUCGGCGCCAUAGCACCGAAAUAACGUAAAUAUAAGGAAGAAUAGAGAACAGACAUCAUACAAAUACUCCUUAGCCAAUUGUGAUUAAACCAAAAAGCUAAAACGCAAUUUUUUACCACAUAAAUAUAAAAAAAAAUAAACUAUUUUAUAGAAUAAUUUUCCAGUUUAGUAGACACAUUUUCAAAUGAAAUGAAAACGAUAAAAAAAUGAAGAAAAUUGAUUUUUUUUCAUGAAUUCUCCACUCCUUUUUGCCCUCCCCCCCUCAAUACUAAUACUAAUUCAAACUUUUUCUCUCAUUACGGCAUACGACCGCACAUCUGAACUGCACAUUGUUAUUUCGCGCAAAUUAUCUUUGCUUUAUAAAUUCUAACUGUUUAUUGAAUAGAAAAUCAGAGACGACGAAAAGAGAAAUCCAUUUUCUCAAAUCCAACGAAGCAGUUCAUCAUCCCAACGAUACGGCACCGACCAACAUAAAAGAAAACAAAUAUGCUAAAAACGAUAUGAAGAAAAGUGCAAUAUUCAUUACAUUUUUAUUAGAAAAAAGAGUUAUAUUAUUGUGUGCAAAUGCAUUUUUUGUAAUCUAAAUGUGUCGUAUGCAAUGUAAUUCGAGAGAAAGAUAAAAUCCAUUUUAAUAUUGAUUAUUGAUACCGUGAAUUUACAUUUAAUCCAAUUCUUUUCAUUUUUCAUAUUUGUAUUUGGAUAGUCGAUUGAAAAAUGCUUUCGAUUUGACACGGUACCUCCAAAUAAAUACUCAUAAAUAGCCGUUAUGUGUUGCGCAAUAUAAUGUGAGAGAGUGUGUAAUGGAGACAAAUGAAAAAUAUGGAGAAGAUGUAUGGAAGCUACAAUUUUGAAGCAAAUGCAACGAGCAGGGCAGAUACGCACAACCCAAAAUGAAAGUUAUGAAAAGAGAGAGAAAGAAAAAUCCAUCGACAAGAAUAAAUGUUUCAAUAGCAAUAUCUUAUCUGUUUUGCGAAUGCAAUUUUUAUUUUCUCCCAAAAUAUUUACGUAUCGAUGCUCUUUUUCUUUUUCAAUCAAGAAACCGCUACGCGUUCAUAUGGUUCCAUCGAUUUUAUGUUGGAUUUUUUUUUUGUUUUUGUUGUGUACAUUUUGGUAUCUGUCUCCACCGAUUCGAUAAAAUAUUAAACGAAUGUUCUUUUUUUGGUCUUCAAAUCAAUUUUGAUUCGAAGUGAAUGUGCAAAAUCGAUUUUUUUCAUUUCAUCGAUGCAAGGCAUUUUUUUUAUUUGCACCAACAUCAUGUUAUUAGAAAGCAAAAAUCUUUGAAAAAUGCAAGAAAUGAUUAACAAAAAAGUAAACUAAUAUUUAUGAAGUUCUAGUCAAAAAAAAAAACAACAACAACAAAACCCUAAUUAAGAAGACCAUAUUUUCAUUUCGGUCUCGAUUUUAACGUUGAACUACAUUAAAAUCGACUCAAAGAAAUUGAAUAAAAAAAAAGAAAGAAAAAAUACAAUACAUGAGAAUCUAUUUAUGCAUCAUUUUAAAUGUAGAAAAAAAAACUUAGCUGAUUAAUUUCAAGAAUUCAUCUAAUUUAUUUACAUCUAUGGAAUAUAAGCGUAGAAUUAUUAUUAUUUCUCUUUUUUCUUUUUUUGGGUUUUAGUAAUUGUGAAAGGGCAUUGAGCAUUUGCGAUUUUAUUUUCAAUUUCGUCUCAAAUUCGUUAAAAGAUUUUCUUUUUUCAAUAAAUUGAACAAAUCAAAUAAAUAGACUUUAAAAGAAAACAUUUUAUUUAAAUAGGUUCGAGCACAGAACUGUCAUCCACGGUCUAAUAAAUAAACACGGUGCGACGUAAAGCUGCUUAGCAAAAGGAUACUAAUUAAUUUAAUGGGAAAAGAAGAA